AUGAUGAGUUCAAGUUUAACUAAUGAAGGUGGUGAUAAUCGAAUGGGAUUUCAACAUAAGAAUCACCAACAAUCACAUUUUGGUGGAAGAGAAAUGCAACGAAAUAAUUAUUCCAGUUUCUACAAUCGAAACAACAAUUCUUCACAACAAAGAUACUCUGGAGAUACCAGGAAUCAAUUAUGGAUGGGCGACAUUGACCCUGUAUGGGACGAAGAAGCUAUAAUGAAUAUUUGGAAACUCGUGGGGUUUCAGCCAACUAAUGUUAAGAUUAUGAGAGAUAGGAAUGCGGAUAAAGCAUAUAAAGGUAGAAGUGAUUAUUGUUUUGUAUCAUUUCCUGAUCCCCAAGCAGUUCUGAACGCAAUUCAAAAGAAUGGUACUCAGAUUCCGGAUACUCAAAGAGUAUUCAAGCUUAAUUGGACAAACCAAAGUAACCAUCAACUGGGGGAUCCUGGGAUGAGAAAUCAUAACCCAAAUUCACAAACUGGUGGAGGUCAAUUUAGUAAAGGAGGAAAGCCUGAAUUUUCUCUAUUUGUGGGUGACUUAGGAGGUGAUGUAACGGAUGAGUUACUUUAUGAAGCAUUUGAAAAGGCAUUUCCUAAUCAGAUUUUACAGGCAAGAGUUAUGUAUGAUCCAACUACAAAACAAUCAAAGGGAUUUGGGUUUGUUAAAGUUACGAACCAGACUAUUCAAAGUAAUGCAAUCACCGAAAUGAGUGGAUUUGUAAUUAAUGGUAGACCAAUUCGAGUUGGUCUAGCUUCCGGAGGUGCUAACCGUGGUGGUCCAAUAACUUCAACCUCCUCCACCUCCACCACUUCCUCCAAAUUUAAUACUAUUGAGAAUGAUACUAUUCCUAUCCUGCAACAAUAUCAGCCUCCACUCAACCAGUUUACCGAUCCUAAUAAUACUACAUUGGUUGUGAAAGGGUUAUCAAGCAAAGUGAGUGAAGAUGAGCUAAGUGCCUAUUUUAUAGCCUUUGGUGACAUUGUUCUUUGCAAAUUAUCAUACGAUUUGAACACUGGUUACGUCAAAUUUUUGACUAGGGAAGCUGCUGAAAAUGCCAUAUUGCACAUGCAUGGCAUCACCAUAUGUGGUUGCAGAUUAGUUGUUACCUGGGGUAUUAUUAAUCUGACAACAGAUGAAAUCAUACAACCACCAGAAUAUCAAAAGUGUCCACCACCUCCAGGAGUAGCAGGAAAAUUAGGACCAAUCAAUAUGUGUUUCCAUAAGCUCACAAAGGAAGAGUUACUGCAACUCGAUUUCUUUCGUGAUAAUGAGCCACUCACUGUUCCUCAAAGCAACAAGCUAUACAUUGCUCGUCAGUCUAAAGUGCACACUAUACUUGAUGAAGCUUUACUUUGA